UUCUGCGGAGGAUCCAAAUAUGUUGAUCCCGAUCCGUUAUCGAUACCUUAAUGACGGUCGAGUAGCACGUACACCGUUUCCCUAACCCCACUGUCCGUUUCUCACUCUUUCCGAAUCGCAACCCUUGCCGCCGCCGCCGUCGAGCGCCACUUCGUCAACUGGGAGGAGGUUGAUAGCAGAAGUAUAGUAGUAGGAAGGGGCACGAUGAACAAAGAUAAGAUUUUUAAGCUGGCAAAGGGAUUCAGGGGGAGGGCGAAGAACUGCAUCAGGAUAGCUCGGGAGAGGGUGGAGAAGGCGCUGCAGUACUCCUACAGAGAUCGCCGCAACAAAAAGAGAGAUAUGCGGUCUCUCUGGAUCGAGCGCAUCAAUGCAGGCGCUCGGUUGCACGGGGUGAAUUAUGGUAAUUUUAUGCAUGGGUUGAUGAAGGAGAAUAUCCAACUGAACAGGAAAGUGCUGUCGGAGCUGUCGAUGCAUGAGCCAUAUAGCUUCAAGGCACUUGUGGACAUUUCAAGCAAUGCAUUUCCAGGAAACAAAGGCCCCAAAAAGGAUAGUUCAUCCAUUGUUGCAUGAGAAUCUUCUCUUCCAUUUUGUGUAUCUGAACCUCUUGUACUUGUGUUCUCAAGAGUAGAACUGAGUAUAUCUUUGGUAAUCUUGUCCAUCUUAUAAGUCAAGAAUUAAAACCACUAGAUUCAAUAUGAAAGACACAUUGUGCAAUCAACCUUGUGCCACUGGCAUUCAUCAUUAGAGCUGUAAAACCAUCUUGCUCAUGAGCAAUGUGACCGUUGAUCAAGUCUCAAAAUAAAUCAAAUAGGUGCAUCAAUUGUUGUUUAACAA